AUGGAUAAUUCUGAAAAUCUAUAAUCACUAUUAGACAAUAUUGACAAUGAUAUAGGUUAUGUUAAAAUAAGAUAAUAUGGACGAAACUAUGGAUUUCACAAUAUGUAUGUUUCAUUCUAUCAUUAUAUCAUAGAUAUUAUAGAAGACUAAUAUGGACUAAAUUAUUAGGAAUAAAUCAGCAAUUACCAUACUAAGAAAGGGAAAAAUGUCUAUAAUAUGAUUAACUAUUGAAAGAUGUUCAUCGAUCAUUAAAUACUAUAUCACAAGUCAAAAACUUUAAAGAAAUGUAAUUCCUAUUUUUUAAAUAUAGAGAUCAAUUAAGAAAAUGUUUAAUGGAUGUAUUAGAUUCCAUUUUCAGUCAAUGUCCCAAUUUCUCCUAUUAUCAAGGUUAUCAUGAUGUUGUCUCAAUUUUGAUACUUGUCUUAGGAGUGGAAUAAGGUUACAUUGCAUCUAUUUAUGCUGCCUAAAAUUUCUUUAAAGAUUAUUUAGAUCAAGAAUUAGCUACUACAAUCACUCCAUAAUAUUAAUUCAUUAGAAAUCUUCUAUUGCGAUACUCUAGAGAUACUUCUAAUCAAAAACUCAAUUAAUUGAUGACAAUUAUUGAACAUCCAACUUGUGUUAUUCCAUGGAUUCUAACAUGGUUUUCUCAUUCCUUAGACAAUUUAAAUGAUAUCUCUAGAAUUUGGGAUUUCCUUUUUUGUUCUUAAUAAAAUUCAAUUUUGUAUGUAUGUGCAGCUUUUAUUGCCAUUCAUUAUGAAGUCUUAGAUUUGAGAGAUGAAGACAAUCUUAUUGGAGAAUUUUAAGAGUAUUUUUAAAAUCUUAAUAACAAAGAACGAAUUUAAGAUAUAAAAUUAGAGAAUAUUUUGUAAUUAGCAUAAUAAUUUGAAAGUAAAUAUAAAUUUGAUCUUAUUUGUUAAUAAGAACAUAUUUAAUUUUCAUAAAAGUAUAUUAUUAAUUAUUAGAUUAGUUCUAUUGUUUACUAACAUAACUUCAAAUCAUAAUUACCCUAUUACAACUCCUUAGAUUAACUAUAGAAUUCAAUACCAAAAAAAGUAUUCAAUUACAUUCAGGAAAGAUAAGAUAUUAUAUUAAAUAUAGGUGGAAUAGCUUUAAGUUAUCUUAUUUAAUAUUAUAUAGUUAAAAAAUGA